CAUACGUUACUACAUUAAGAAAUUAUAAAAUGAAAAUUAAACGACCAAAAAGGCUAUUAGAUAUUCACAUCUGUGAAUUGCCAAAAACAUCCGACAGUAAUUUACCGAAAUUACCGCCGAAUGCAAAAUUUUAUACUCGCUGGAAACGAAGUUUUCAGAAACUUCUUCUUGUUUCCGUGAAUCACCCUUUAAUACGAAAUUUUUUACGUAGCUAUGCUGCGAUUGCUUUUGAAAAGAAAAGGCACGGGCGUUCUUCAUUAUGGUGGGUCAUACAUCCUUGCAGUUACUUAAGAAUAGCUAAAAGUUCUGGUCCAGAAAGUUGGAAUCCAGUCUAUCCUGCAUAUAUAAUUUGUAUAUUCGAUAUUGCUCUUAAUUUUAUAACUGGAUUUAAAUCACGAGACGGUCAUGAAAUUUUUCUGGAUCCAUUUUUAAUAACCCGACAUUACAUGAAAGGAUAUUUUCUUAUCGAUUUUGUAUCAUCUGUUCCAUAUAUAUGGUUUUAUAAAGAUCGUAUCUUACCUCCUGGACCUAACUCAAAUUCUGUUUUAUUGAUUCUCGAACUUUUACCAAUUCUAAAAAUUUUACGCAUUUAUACAUUGCGUUUGUACACCAGACAAAUAAUUUCAACUUUUGCAAUUUCUCAUGCUGAAGAAAAAACCAUUUGGCUAAUUCUCUUGGUACUAUUAAUAUUUCAUUGGUGUUGUUGUCUAACACACGUUUUUCCAUUUAUUAUUGCACAUAUAGCUGGCGAUCGUAAGGAGGAUUCAGAUAUGUAUUUAAUUACUACCAAGUUGUAUAAGAAAUCCGACUCUGAAAUUUAUUUGAUAUAUUUUCAUAUGGGCAUGAGUAAUUUCUUUGGAUCUAGUUUCAUGGAGUUCCAUUCCUUAGGAAAAUCGGAUACCAUAAUACGCUGUAUUUUAUUGCUGUUUGGAAAAGGCUGUAUAAUUUAUUUUAUGGUUAUAGUUUUACAACUGAUUCAGUCAGCUGCAGAACCAGAAUUAAAAUAUCAACGAAUUAUGCAACAAGUAAAAGAAUAUAUCAACGAGAAGAAACUUUCAGAAAAUCUGAAAAAUAAACUUAUUGCUUAUUAUGAGUAUCGUUUUCAAGGCAGUUAUUUUAAAGAAAAUGCAGUAUCUAGCACUCUAUCAAAUCAUUUGAAUCAGGAAAUCAUGAUUCAUAGUAGCCGAGGAUUAUUAGAUACAGCGAUUAUUUUGCAUUAUUUACCGCGAAAUGUUAUUGGAAAUUUAAUGGGAAUUUUGAAACCGGUCAUUUAUCUCAAUGAAGAUAUUAUAUAUAAAAGUAAAACUGAGGGUGAUUCUAUGUUCUUUAUAGUUAGUGGAACCGUUGCUCUUAUCACAUUCAGUGGAAAAGAAAUAUGUCAUGAAAAGGAUGGAGGUUAUUUCGGUGAAGCAGCUUUAAUAUUUCCAAAACGAAGAAGAUUAGAAACUGUAAUCGCAUUAGAAGUAUGUGAAUUACUGCGCUUAAAUCGCCGUGAUUUCAAACGUAUGUUUUCUUUGACAUCGACUUUUUAUAAAAGAUUGGAAAAGGUUGCUAAACAAAGAUUUGAUCAAAUUAAUGAGUUAAGUGUUAAUAGUCAUGAAGUUAAUUUGGAAGCAAAUACAUUAAUUAAUCUAAAGCAAAACGAAUUUGAGAAUAAUCAUCAAAAGGGAGACAUUAAAAUUUUAAUAAAUAAUAACAAGAAUAAUAUUGAAAAAGUAUAG